GGUAUAUAUGUCAAUAUUUUAUGACUGGAAUAUAUUUAUUCUCCAAUAAUGUCGUUGAAUGUUUGCGAAAUGUGCAAACGUAUGUCAUUUCAAGAUUAUGUCUACAGAAUAAGGUUUGAAAAAGAAUUGAAAAUUAACCGAACCACUGGCGUAGAUGACGACGAUGGUGAUGAUUCAAUGCAGAGUUGCCUCAUCACCGAUUCACCUGACAACUAUUCAUGGAUAUACAACAUUGAGUAUAUAUCAUUUACAGUAAAUCACAAAAACAAUGCUACUACUACUACUAAUGAUAAUAACAAUUGUAUUACAAUCAAUCUUGAUAUUUUGAGAUACAUCAAUCAAUGCCUGUUGGCGACAAGUCGACGGAUAUACUCUCCUCUGUCCGAAAGUGAAUCAUCAGUUUAUUGGUAUCGACUAGCGAAAAAUGAAACGUUUCUCAAAGCUUUAAUUCAAUUGAUUCCUACUGGAUAUGGCGAUCCAUAUUUACAAAAUAUUUCAAUAAUUUUGUUAAGAAACCUAUGCGUCCUGGCUGGAUCUAACACUCCGGUUAAACAUUCAUCACUUAAAGACUAUCCACUUGCUCUGGGGAAUCUUAUUCAUAUUACUGCAGGACCCUUAGUGAUAUUGUCAAAUUCAUUUUGUCUCACUCCAAUGACGAAUUUAUCAACUCAAGCUUUAGAUGGUCUACUGAAAGCAACAUUCCUCUACUAUCCAGAGUUCGCUUCAAGUUUCAAUCCAAAUUUAUGGACAGAAAAACUUCUUCUGUUCUCUAAUAUAUUACAGUCUGUUCGCAGGUGCUUACCGAGAAUAUUUUUCACUGAAUCGAAUAAUAUCACUUCGUGUGAACAGUUAUCACGACUUGCAAAGUAUAUCGCAGAUGAUGAUGAUGCCAUGAAUUUAGAAAUUUUAGCCUCAUAUCUAAGCCUAUUCACUACAACGAUAACAAAACUGCCAUCGGUUGAAUUGUUGUUGACUCAAUCUCCUCCCUCCUCAUUGACAAUAUCUUCAACUGGAUCGUUAUUUGGACGCAGCAAUUGGGAAGUUGAGAAGAAGAAAAAAUUCCUCCCCAUUAUCUAUUUUGCUUUGCCUAAUUUAUGCUUAGCUAUUGGAAGAGCUUGGCUAUGCUUAAACUGUACAAGUCAACUGAUAAAUAUUAGUGUUUUCGACUUCCUCAAUUCCAAAGAAGCAGACUACAAUUUAUUUACAAAGAAACACUGUACAAAUGAUACUGUCUCCUUUUCUUAUGAACUAAUUCUGUUUGCCUUUAAUUUUUUAAAAGGCUUGUUUGAUUUGUUGCAAAUCAAUUAUUUAAAAAAUUAUUUAAUUAAACAAAAGACUGUUGUUGUUAAUUUCAUUUAUUCACUGUUAUAUUUAUCAAAAUGUCUGAUAUAUUGUUCAAGUCUUGUUUAUCCACCGAUUACCUCAAAAUGUAUAUUAUAUGUCAUACGUACUAUUGGUUGUUUAUGUUCGCAUGGAAGUGACACUACCGAGGACAACAGCGACAACAAUCACGCCUCAGAAUCAAGUCAAAUCAUUAAUCACCAUGAUAAUAAUAAUAAUAACUCGUUGAUUUUAUUACAUAAUUUCCUUCUUUUCAUUAACUGGUUUCAUCAGUACAGAUGUUCAUGGUCUGUAUGUGGUUUAGAAUUAUGCUGGUGUUUAAACAACUUUCUACAAUACUUCAAUUUAUCACUGUUCAAUGAUCAAUUGUCAAGAGAUAGCGUCAGUUGUUUUAUUGACUCACUUUUGUUUAAAUUGUUCACGUUAGAAUUAGGCGGUCAUAUGAAUGCUAGUAGAGAAGUAUUGACUUUAUUGGAUACAUGUAUUCAAACAAUCGAAAGUAAUACUAGUAAUAGUAAUAAUAACAGUUAUGCAUACUGGUUAUUAAAAAGGAUAACAAGUCAAUUAAAUUAUCAUUUAAAACCAUUAUUUCUUUUUUGGAAAUAUUUAUAUGACAAAAACUAUUUAUCUGACCAUUAUUAUUGCGGUUAUAUUGAAACAUUUGUAUAUUUGUUAAAAUUUUUAUCAGAUUUACGCUUAUUUUUUAAAGGUAACGACUACCUUGAAGAAAAUUGUGAUACACUUGCAAAAUUGUUCUCGUUGUGUUAUGAUCCUAUAACAGCACUGUCAUCAGUGUCAAAGCCGUUAUCGUUAGAUGAAACUAUAGCGUUAAUAUGCUCAGUGAUUCCGUGCGAUCACAUAUCAUCGUAUAUCAUAUCGAUAGUUAAUCAGUUUUGAUAAUUGUUAUAUUUUAUAUGCGAACAAUUUUGUUUCUACUGCUGUUUCUUUUGCAUACAUGUAUUUUGUAUGUUUGUUAAUCAGGUUUUUUACUAAAUAUACAGAAAAA